AUGGCUACGAUGACAGGAAGCUCGGCUGCGGCGGGCGCGAAGUCAUUUGACAUCGUCGCAACAUACAAUGAGCUCCUGCGCUCCGAUCCCGAUCUCACAAUGCCCAUUGCGGCCAUUGAAGCUCUUGUGCUACUUCUGACGAAGGAGCCCUCCUCGACAAUUUCCGAAACCCUUGAUCUCCUGGAAAAGUCUACCGCACACUUGAAAAAGGCCAUCCCCAACCCCAUCGGUCUGUCGGCCGGAACCGAUCUUUUCCAACGAUACCUCAUCACCACAUUACAACGACCUGGUCAGCUCGGUCCUGCCGGCGACUUUAAAGCCAUCCGCACACAUCUAUUGUCAAAUGGACGACUGUUCAUUCGGCGCGCAAAGGAGAGCCGAGAGAAGAUCGCGACCUUUGGACGAGGGUUCAUCCGUGAUGGCUGCACGGUGCUCACCAACGGUGGAUCCAGAGCCGUCGCAUCUCUGUUGCAGAAGGCUGCAGAUGAUGAAGGCGGCCCCUCGGCGGUGCGCUUCCGGGUCAUUUACGUCUUGUCCUCGUUCAAGAAUGCCGACGAACCUUCUGGGGAGCCGGAGGGUAUGGAGACAGUGCGGGCUUUGAGAGCCAAAGGUGUCCCCGUAUCAACGAUCCCGGAAUCAGCAGUCGCAUACGCUCUCGGAAAAACAGAUAUGGUUAUUGUCGGUGCGGAGGGUGUGGUCGAGAACGGUGGUAUUGUGUCCCGCAUGGGCACCUACCAGAUUGGCCUUCUGGCCAAGGCAAUUGGGAAACCCUUCUAUGUGGUAGCAGAGAGCCACAAGUUCGUCCGGCUGUACCCCUUGGGCCAGUAUGAUCUGCCAAUCAACCAGCACGUCAUCGAUUUCAAAUCAGAUGAUGACAUUACCGAGCAGAAAGAGGAAUCGGCCACCCCCAAUACCAAUGGAAACCAACAAAUUGAGCUACCGCUUUGCGAUUCGGUGGACUUCACGCCCCCAUAUCUCAUUUCGGCGCUUAUUACCGACAGCGGUGUCUUGACGCCUAGUGCUGUCAGUGAGGAGUUGAUCAAGAUUUGGUUCUAA